AUGAGGUCCAGCCCUGGACCUGAAUUGUCCCAGUCCAUCCCUGGACCUGAAUUGUCCCAGUCCAUCCCUGGACCUAAAUUGUCCCAGUCCAUCCCUGGACCUAAAUUGUCUCAGUCCCGCCCUGGACCUAAAUUGACCCAGUCCAGCCCUGAACUUAAAUUGUCCCAGUCCAUCCCUGGACCUAAAUUGUCCCAGUCCAUCCCUGGACCUAAAUUAUCCCAGUCCAUCCCUGGACCUAAAUUGUCCCAGUCCAUCCCUGGACCUCAAUUGUCCCAGUCCCACCCUGGACCUAAAUUGACCCAGUCCUGCCCUGGACCUAAAUUGACCCAGUCCAGCCCUGGACCUAAAUUGUCCCAGUCCUGCCCUGGACCUAAAUUGACCCAGUCCAGCCCUGGACCUAAAUUGACCCAGUCCAGCCCUGGACCUAAAUUGUCCCACCCUGGACCUCAAUUGUCCCAGUCCCACCCUGGACCUAAAUUGACCCAGUCCUGCCCUGGACCUAAAUUGACCCAGUCCAGCCCUGGACCUAAAUUGUCCCAGUCCUGCCCUGGACCUAAAUUGACCCAGUCCAGCCCUGGACCUAAAUUGACCCAGUCCAGCCCUGGACCUCAAUUGUCCCAGUCCCACCCUGGACCUAAAUUGACCCAGUCCUGCCCUGGACCUAAAUUGACCCAGUCCAGCCCUGGACCUAAAUUGUCCCAGUCCAGCCCUGGACCUAAAUUGACCCAGUCCAGCCCUGAACGUAAAUUGACCCAGUCCAGCCCUGAACGUAAAUUGUCCCAGUCCAUCCCAGGACCUAAAUUGACCCAGUCCAUCCCUGGACCUAAAUUGACCCAGUCCUGCCCUGGACCUAAAUUGACCCAGUCCAGCCCUGGACCUAAAUUGUCCCAGUCCUGCCCUGGACCUAAAUUGACCCAGUCCAGCCCUGGACCUAAAUUAUCCCAGUCCAUCCCUGGACCUAAAUUGACCCAGUCCAUCCCUGGACCUGAAUUGACCCAGUCCAGCCCUGGACCAAAAUUGACCCUGUCCAGCCCUGGACCUAAAUUGUCCCAGUCCUGCCCUGGACCUAAAUUGACCCAGUCCAGCCCUGGACCUAAAUUAUCCCAGUCCAUCCCUGGACCUAAAUUGACCCAGUCCAUCCCUGGACCUAAAUUGACCCAGUCCAGCCCUGGACCUAAAUUGACCCAGUCCAUCCCUGGACCUAAAUUGACCCAGUCCAGCCCUGGACCUAAAUUGACCCAGUCCAUCCCUGGACCUAAAUUGUCUCAGUCCUGCCCUGGACCUAAAUUGACCCAGUCCAUCCCUGGACCUAAAUUGUCCCAGUCCUGCCCUGGACCUAAAUUGACCCAGUCCAUCCCUGGACCUAAAUUGUCCCAGUCCUGCCCUGGACCUAAAUUGACCCAGUCCAUCCCUGGACCUAAAUUGUCCCAGUCCUGCCCUGGACCUAAAUUGACCCAGUCCAUCCCUGGACCUAAAUUGACCCAGUCCAGCCCUGGACCUAAAUUGAUGUUGUUACGUUCCAUGACGUAA